AUGGCGUUCGGUAGGGAAGCCCAAACCGAGGGCUUGGUGCUCCAGAGAGCAUACUCACACACGCAAGUCGUCGGGCGAGAAGGUAGCUUUAAUGCUGGUGGAGGUCAAGUCCUUAGUCCUCAGUGCGCCCGGAAAGGAGGCCUUGCCGCCACAAGUCUUCCGGAGAAGGAGGCUAUCAACGAGGCUCCAGAGUUAGAUCGGUAUGACAUCGAGGCUGAGAAGGCACUCUUGUCGACACAUCUGGAGAGUGGCGUAUCCAAAUCUCCCACCAUCGCCAUCCCAUCCAGGGAAUCGGCUCUCAGCCAGAUAGAACACCUGACCAAGCUCAAACACUGCCUUCUAGAAUCCCUUGCCAAGGGAGAUGUGAAGAAGACGGAAGGAGAGAGGCGGUCUUCUCACCCAUCUCAGGAGUGGGACGAGGAACUGUAUACCCCGGCCAACAGCACCGUUGGAUCGCCCAUCCCGCGAGGAGAAGGAGGAAUCAGCUUGUCUGCGGUAUUGGAUGAGGAAUCCUCAACCCCUAGGCCAAAGAAAGGCGAUACUCAUCAAGUCCAGGCGGCGACCCCGAAAUUUAUCACUAAUCCCUUUGAAACCCCGGGGCCGUCCCGAAAUCUGGAAGAUGAUCUCGAAGACCUUUGCGACGAUAACUAUGCUCUCUCACCAUCAACCACGCCCUACGUGCCUUGCGGCCCGGCGGUUACCCUAAACCCUUUUGUGCUCGGAAGUCCCCUGGAGUCUUCAAUGGCCCGACGCACCCGACUUUCCUGCCCGGACCUGGCAGACAUCGAUUCGGACGACGAUUACUUGUACAUGGGCAGACGGGCCCUGAAAGGUGACGAUGAUGAUCUCAGCAUGUCUGCCCGCAACCGCAUGGAUGUUCCGGUUCCCCGAUCCCAAUCGUUGGACUCUGGAUACCCCGGGGUCGCAUUUCAUACCGGCCCGGUGGGAUAUUUGAACGGGUCACCCAUCACCAUCCCAAUGGUGCGGGAUCCCGAUCUUCUCGAGACCCUCGUAGGAGGCCAUGUAAAUGGCACUGCAGAGGAGAACUUUCAGGCUCAAGGACAGCCAUAG